CGACUUUGAAAAUUCAUAGGAGAGAGAAACAAAGAAGACAUGACGUUGAAGAAGAAACUUGCAAGAGAUAGAAAGAGAAGGAAAUAUUCUCUUUUGCUUUCAUUGAAAUCCAAACAAAGCUACUAGCACUUCAUCAGAUCUCUGCAACAAGACAAGCAAAGCUCGAACUUCCUUCGCCUUCAACUGAUACUGAAAUCAUGUCUGUUGAUGAGUUUUCGGUUGCCAAUAUGUUUCCUCAAGAACCAGAGACUAACCCUAACCCUCAAUCAAAUUCAAAACCUACUGCAAAGAAGAAGAGAUUACCAGGAAACCCAGAUCCAGAUGCUCAAGUUAUUGCUCUUUCACCAAUAACUCUCAUGGCCACCAACAGAUUCAUCUGUGAAAUUUGUAACAAAGGCUUCAGAAGGGACCAGAAUUUGCAGCUUCACAGAAGAGGACACAAUCUUCCAUGGAAGCUUAAGCAAAGGGCUAACAAAGAUCAGAUAAUAAAGAAGGUUUACAUAUGCCCAGAAAAUACUUGUGUUCACCAUGAUCCGUCCCGAGCUCUCGGCGACCUCACCGGCAUCAAGAAGCAUUUCAGCAGGAAGCAUGGUGAAAAGAAAUGGAAAUGUGAAAAAUGUUCCAAAAAAUAUGCUGUACAAUCUGACUGGAAAGCUCAUUCUAAGACUUGUGGAACUAGAGAGUAUAAAUGUGACUGUGGUACACUCUUUUCCAGGAAAGAUAGUUUCAUCACACAUAGAGCUUUCUGUGAUGCCUUAGCAGAAGAGAGUGCAAGAUCAAUGAUUACUGCUUCAGCCAACAAGUUGAACUUCAGAAAUGAUAAUCUAAAUGGUCCAAUGAUGAACCCUAGUUUUCCUCAUGGGUUCAAUGUUCCCACUGGAAUUUCUCAAGUCGAAGCUGUUUUUAAGCCAGAUUGUAAUGGUGUGAACUCUGGGAAUUCUCUUGUUGGAGAUCAACAGAAGCCAAGACUAUCACUUUGGUUGGAUCAGGCUAAUUCUCAUCAGCACAAUUUCGUUGACAUGAAUUACAAUCCAAGUCUUUUCAUUCCUUCAAGUUCAACCGGUUUACCAGAUAUGCCUCAAAUGACAUCUUCAUUUGGAAAUUAUCUGUUGCCACGUCGACAAGGCCUAAUGGAGGAGGAAGUAAUUGGCAAAAGGAGUACAAUGGACCAAAUCCUUGCUUCUCUAUACUCUGAUAAUGAAAAACAACAGUCGAAUUCUUCGGCAUCAAUGUCAGCUUCUGCACUUCUGCAGAGGGCAGCGCAGAUGGGCUCUACCAGAACAAAUCCAACAUUCUUUGGCAAUGCAUUUGGGGUGAUGAAUUCUUCUUCUUCUUCAUCUAAUUCCCCGAAUGCCAAUUCUUUAGCUCAAAAUAGAAGUGAGCUGCACCAGGUUUUCGGUGAACAGCCCAAGAGUUUUAAUGACAAAGCUAGAGAUUCAAUGAUGGAAGGAUCAAAUUUGAAGCAAACAAGUGCAACACAAAGCCAAGCAUUUUCGGUAAACUUGCAUGGUGUGGAGCACAGUCUUACCAGGGAUUUCCUUGGCAUGGGAGGUGAAGGUGGCAAUCCAUUCUCGCCACAACAACUGGCUAAAUUUGCUUCAAUGAGUUCUGCAUUGGGGUUGAGCCAAUUCAGUAGCAAUCACUAGCUAACAUGGCUCCAUCCGUGUUUUCAUAUUCAGUCCCAAACUUGGAUGAGUAAGGAAAGGACUGUUGCACAUUGACAACUAUCGUAAAACUUUAUUCAAUCUUAUGACACGAAUCUUAGUGUGGAACUCAUAUGUACAAUAUUUCCAUCGAUUAGGUUUCAUGAAUCAAUUUGUUUAUGUUUCAGACACAUUUUGAAAAUCGAACUUCUAUUAGCCCACACCAGUUCAACAAGUCGCAGAUUAGGAAUCCAGGUGAGCAUGGGUGGCCGUCUCAAACAGCUUCCUAAUAUAAGGAAAAAAAAAUUCCAACGAAGCUAACACGGACGGUUGCAAGGACUUGUUAGGUACUGGCUCCACCCCUGAGUCCAAUCCCCUAACCCACCUCAAAACGGGAAGGAGAGAUAAGGAAAGGAAUGUAAGAAAUCAUUGGGAAUGAUAGAGCUGGCUAAGAUCAAUUACUCUUGUAUUCUAUAUGUGAUAUCUUUGCAUAGAUUGAGACACUUUUGUUGAAAUUAUUCGCACAUCAAAUUAUGAGAUUUCUUGACUGAUCGACCUCGUCAAGUUUUGGA